GAUGACCUUCACCACCAUCACACAUUUCUGACACACUCACUGCAGGAGUCGGCCGCAGAGUUGGCUGAAACUGUAGACGAUCGCUUCGAGACGCACUGUACGUGAAUUGUGGUUUCCAGGGAGUGAUACAGAAAGAUGCUCGAAGACAGCAGCGACAUGGUGAUCGGUACCCUGGACAGCGGGAUGGGUGAGGUGCUGGCUGGGUCCUUGGGGCGGCUCUUACUCAACAACAACAACGAGGAGGCCAUAAACGACAAGCUGGACGAGAUGAAGAACUUAACAAAUGAGAAGAAAAAUCCUGCCCACGCCACCAUCGCCUCAAAUAAUUUUAAGCGCGGGAUGUCCGUGAGCUCUGAGGAUACGUUGCCAUUGGGAGCAGAGGAACGCGAGGGAAGAGAGAGCACGAACCUCGCCAGAAGCGAACGUGUUGCCAUCAUCAAGGAGCUGUUGGAGACGUACCUCAGCGAUAAUUACCUUACCCGAGACAUCUUCUUGCUGAAACAUUUCCGUAAGAGUAAAGAAGGUUGGAUUUCCCUCAAGUUUAUGUCCUCGUACAAGAGGAUCAAGAGGACGAGAGUGGACAUAGGGGAGGUGGAGGAGGCAGUGCGAGAGUCUUCUAUGUUACAGAUGAACGUCGAAGGCAACAAGGUCCGUCGUCUAGAGCCUCUUCCAGCAUGUAUCGAAAAUUACAUUCCCUCCCGCAUGACCCUCGUGGGAGAAAUACCGGAAACCCUCAGAAACCUGGUAACCUUGUCGGCGUAUUUUGGUAAGUACGGCACCAUCGCCUCGAUACAGCUACUACGCCCGGGCUCUAAUAUGCCCGAUAUACUGCGGGAAUCUGCCCAAAACUUCCCCAAGAUCCGCGACCAGUGGAGCGCUCUGGUGGAGUUCGACGAGAUAUCUGCGGCGGGACAGCUGACGGAGACGAUCAACAAUGGCAGUGAUGAGGCGGGUCCUUCCUGGGCUCUAGAGCUAGUGAUGCCUUGGCACCCAGACACGCCUAAAAACCGAUGCAGAUCCUGUCCUUCUUCAGGAUACUCGUCCCCGUGCCUCACCCCGGAUCAGUCCCCGCAGGUGACCACCCCCAGCCGUAAUAUCCGAGGACUCACCAAGCGGGAACGCCUCUUGCUGAACCGCUCCCGCCAGAACAAUUGUUGCCAAUCAUACGCUUGUCAACAUCAGUGUAGUCCUCACUUCAGCCCUUCCGGACGCAGGUAUAACUACCGGGAGCCCCACACACGUGUCGACAGUGGCUCCACCUCCCCUCGACACUACAAGACCCAGCUGACGGCCAUGACUUGUGACAACUGGAGAGCUGCGUCUUCCCCUCAUUAAAUGUACAUGCUAUCAGUUGGGAGAACACAUGGAUACAUGUAAAGGUCCUAGACGGCUGGUUUUUGUGCAAGAGCUUUCAGAACUUGAGCACUUGUACAAAAACUGCCCAAAGUUCAGUAUUUAAUCAAAAGCUUCAAAAAACUUAGUUAAAGUUGGUUAUGUAAUCAUUCAAAAACUGUCAAAAAUCAUUCUGCGAAAAAGCUUCCAUAAGUUCGAUUAAAGCUUUGACCUAUAAAACGCAACAUUCUGGUGUGAUAGUCGUUCGUGAGGGCGACAGGUAACGCAACAACAUAGCUAUUAAGUUAUAUCUCACAUCCUUUUAUAUGAUAACCAGUGUUAUUGACCGACCUCUUGUUGUUUACUUGUUGAUUUUUAAUCAAGUAGUAAAAUUCAAGUUCUUUAAAUGUCAUCAACAAGUAUUGUCCAAAUUUAUUCUAAUGUAAUAACCACAGAACCCUAUAAUAUCUUUGAAAUAUCUGUAAUAUAACGCACAGGUCUUAGUAAUACCAUUUUCUAAAUUGUGCAUUUAUUCCUCUAUAUUAGUUUUGCUUCCUUAAAUUUAUUAAAAAAAGAUACAGUAUGGUUCAUUGAAUAUUUUUCAAAAUAAAUAUUAACAUUCACACACACACACUCACACACACAUGACAUGAUAAAGAAUGUACUGUAGUAGUGAGCCAAUAAAUUAUAAUACAGAAACUUGUGCUAUAUAUUGUAUCCGUCCAUAUUGUUUAUGAAAACUUAACAGAGAACGCUAUAAACAGAUCACAAUGCUUGUGUUACUGUAAUUAUACCAUUAUUAAUGCAACUUUUCACGCUGCUCGUAUUACUUACUACUUACAGCUCGGGCGGUUGGUCUGUUCUUCGAUGAAUAUUCUUCGUAGUAAUGUACCUAACUGGUUGAUUAAUUAAAUCACAAGAAAAUCUAAAUACAGCAUCAAAUUUUUACCGAAACUCUACCUUAAUUAGAUAUGUUGACUUUGUACCAUUUAGGGAAGCACGUACAGAAUCUUUGAAAUGAUUCCAUAUGUCAGUUCGGGUAAAGUCUCUGCUAAGCUAGAAGUUGGCUGUUUUCCCUGAGACACGUUCCCUUCCGUUCCCUAUCCAGUGGUCAGUGUUUGGUGUCGAUUCCCGAUACUAUCUCCUAGCUACAGAAGCUUCUAGUACUACUGCAGAGUUAUUAUUGUCUAGGUGGUGGUUCCUAGUGAGUUGUUCCUGGUACCUUGUUCCUGAUGUCAUAUUCCUGUUUCCUAGUUUCUGGUGCCUAUAUUCAGAGUUCCUGGUAUGCUGUGGAAACAUUAAUACAUGCAUGAUGUGCAGAAGCAGUUGCACCUCACAGGCUCUCCUCGCCUUACACUCGGGUUGAGUGACCGAACGGGAAUGUUAAGUCCCGUAUCAUAAAAAUGUCUGGCAUUCCCUUCUUCGUCCAGCGGGCCCCCUGCAGUAUUAUGGUUUCUAGAUCUGUAGACCUGGCUCAGUUCUACUUUUUAAACCCAGUUAAAAGUGCUAUAACCUACACACUGAACCUGCAGGAUCGAUCUUACGGUUGAUGAAGCGAAUUGGCAACAUCAAGUCCCGCCUACCUCUUCAUAUUGCUUGAGGUGAGAAGCAGUCAGCGACAACCUGCUAGUUGCUUGUGGUAUUCCUUCAGACUUACAUAUCUACCAUGAAGGUGGUGUUAGUGUGGCUGGUGGUGGUGGUGGGUGUAGCAUCAGGAGUGCCCCUGGACUCGAAUAAUGCAUGUAAUCGUUUAUGUAUGGCCACCGUCGGUACUCUCAUCUGCUGCUCCAGGACCAGUAACAGUAAAACUACCACAGCUUCUCCUCCACUACGAUGUCCUGUGUUCAGGUGCACACCGCUACUUCCUCCAACCCUCUUGAUAUAUUCUGUUACCUCUGAGGAAAACAUCAGCUCCUACUGUUGCUACGUGGACUGUGAUGGGGAGAAGAAAUGUAUCUCCAAAGUCCCAUUACACUCGAAGUAGGUUUUCCCUCCCAUCCAACCUCCAUGUACUUGUUAUUGUUAACCCUGGUUGUUGAACUUUAUCAUAAGUGUUUUAAUAUUUUAUUGUUGAAUAUUGCUUGUUGAAAUUAUUAAUAAAUUGUUAAAUAUUA